AUGCGGUGGAUGUGUAUGGGGUUGCUGGUGUGUGCUUGGGUGGUGACGGUCGCGGGGUUCGAGCUGGAUGAGGGGGAUGACUCGAAGUACGUUCCCAACGCGUAUGUGGUGGAGAUGGACAGUUUGUCAGCGCUGGGACGGAGAUCAGACGAGUCGGUUCAUGACUCAAUAUAUAGACAUAUGAAAAGACGAGGCAUCCUUUUCGAUGUGAAGAACGAAUAUGACACGCCAGAUAUCAUGAUUGGAGCUUCUAUGAACCUCAAAGAUCUGGAGAAAGUGAGAACUGUUCCUGGGGUGCGGCACAUACAGCCAGUCCUGCGAAUUCGCCGGCCCUUGCCUGUUCAUCAUACAACCAUAGAAAGCCCAAACGACCCGAACGUCCCAAAGAACGCUUUGAGCACUCAUCUAAUGACGGGUGUAGACAAGGCUCAUGCGAAGGGCCUAUUUGGAGAGGGUAUACGUAUCGGAAUCGUCGACACUGGGGUUGACUACACCCACCCGUCUUUGGGCGGAAAAUUAGGGAAAGGGCAUAAAGUCAUCGGGGGACACGAUUUCGUUGGGGAUCAUUAUAAUGGAACAAACGACCCCACGCCCGACGAGGAUCCGUUGGACCAGUGUUCAGGCCACGGCACCCAUUCUGCCGGCAUCAUAGGUGCAGAUCCCGGUAACAUAUUCGGGAUCAGCGGUGUUGCGUACAAAGCCUCGCUCGGUGCUUAUCGUGUGUUUGGAUGUAAUGGAUCCACCAGUGAUGCGCUCAUCGUCGGCGCGUUGAUAAGAGCUUACAACGACGGCAUGGACGUGAUUACCUUAUCCUUGGGUGGCGUUGACGGAUGGACCGAAGGCAUGGGCUCAGUCGUCGCUAGCCGGAUCGCAUCACAUGGCCGCGUCGUCAUUGUUGCCGCUGGAAAUGAGGGUUCGGUCGGUUCGUGGUACACGUCGAGUCCAUCGAAUGGUGUCAAUACGGUAUCUGUGGGAAGUGUAGACAAUGUGGUCAUCCCGACGCAGAACAUCACUGUCAAAGGCGUGGAACAUAAUCCUAUCUCGUACUUGCAAGCUCUACCUUUGAACGUCACCGAUGAUCUCCCGAUUUACGCUACAUCUAACGACACGACCAGCAAGAACGAUGCUUGCGAGCCGUUGCCACCGAGUACACCUGAUCUGUCUUCCCACAUCGUCGUCAUUCGUAGAGGAGGAUGCUUCUUCACGCAAAAACUGGAUAACGCCGCAAAAUUCGGGGCUAAAACCUUCUUGAUAUACAAUACCGACGACGGAGAAUUCUCUGGAAUUGCUGUAGGCAACUAUACCGCGGUUUUAAUUACGGCGGAUGACGGCAAAUGGCUCGUCAAUCAAUACGCCGCAGGGGCUCCCCUUCGCCUGCACUUCCCUGCAGAAGGCGCACCCUUCAACAUCCCCGAUCCCAAAGGAGGCCUCGUCUCAUCUUUUUCAUCAUAUGGCCCAACCUACGACAUGUAUUUCAAACCCGCUUUAGUCGCACCCGGGGGAAACAUCCUGUCUACGUAUAACACGAAGAACGGGAGUUGGGCAGUCCGGUCCGGGACAUCGAUGGCUGCUCCGUUCGUUGCGGGCGCCUCGGCGUUGUUCUUGGAGGCGAAAGGGAAGAGUAGGGAGAGCGUAGAGAGGAUGAGAGAUUUGAUGCAGACAACAGCUGUGGGAGUGAAGUCUAAUGUUACGGAGGAUAGUGUGUACCAGACGGCAUCUCAGCAAGGGGCUGGGCUCUUACAGGUGGAUCGGGCAAUUUGGACGAAGACCAUUGUGAGACCCGGGCAACUGAUGCUCAACGAUACCGUCAACUUUGUUUCAACGCAUACUAUAUCCAUCUCGAACUCAUACGAUCAUCCGGUCACGUAUAAACUAUCCCACGUACCGGCGGGCACGGCGUUGACGAUACAAGCAAAUUCAUCAGAACCCUCGAAAGGACCGGUGCCUUUGGUUCCGGCAUUUGCGACCGCUGAAAUUCAACCUUCUGAGGUUACCAUUCGCCCGGGGCAUUCCAAGGACGUCACCAUCAAGUUCGCGCCGCCCAGCAAUGUCAACCCCAAACAGCUCCCAGUCUACUCUGGGUUUAUCCGCAUCGCCUCACCCGACGAGGCGUUGAAAGUUACGUAUUUGGGCGCGGUGGGUUCAUUGAGGGCAGAACCUAUCAUCGAUCAGACCGAGCAAUACUUUGGACCUGGGAUUCAGCUACCAAUUGUAUUGGACGCCGAUGCAUUGCCUCAAUUUGGUGAAUUAAACUACACAAUGGACAAACAUGACUACCCCUCAGUUGCCUACAGGCUGACUUUUGGGUCUCCUUUGGUUCGCCUGGAUCUCGUUGACAAGGACUUCGCUUUGCAGAAGCAUGCCAAGACUAAACGUUCCGCUAUGUGGUUUGAGGAUGCUGGAGACAAAGAUACGGUUCCAACACUCGGGCCCUUGGACAUAUUGAGAUACACGCCUCGGAAUGGAUAUGAUGCAGAACCCAAACUCAAUGGAUAUAAUCAUUACACCUUUAGAGGUUUCUUUGCCAACAGGACACGCGUGGACAAUGGACAAUACCGCAUAUUGUUGAGGUCGCUGCGUGUGACGGGAGAUCGUAAUUCGGAGGCAGACACGGAGAGCUGGUUGAGCCCAGUCAUUGGAGUGAACCAUCAGCCGAUCCCGCUUUGA